AUCACUCCACAUUCUACAAUCCAACCCAAAAACUUAACCCCCAACGUCCCAACAACACUUCCCUCCUUCUCCUCCAUUCUCCGAUCAUCGUGUGUGACCAAAUCCCGACACACACACACACACACACCUCUGCACCACAUUCAUUAAUUCAUAUCCCAUCAAAUGACGCAUCCCACAAUAUCCACAAGAUUCAAAAUCAUUCCAUACAGAUUUUAGAAGCUACCACAAUGAUGAAGAUGAUUAUGAUGUAUCCUCUGUUUCAUCGCUUCUGAAUCCAUACCCACUAUUUCUUUAAAUUCCAAAUCCUCACGGAAUAUAUACAUAGAGAGAGAGAGAGAGAAACAGAGAGAUGGAGACUAUUUCUGAUUUCUGAAUAUAUUGUAUAUGUAACAAACCCAUCCCUAAAAACUGCCUUCUCUUUCUCUCUCCCUCUCUCUUUCCUCCUCCUCUCUCUCAUGUAUUUUGUAUGUACGUUCUGCUUGUGUUGUGAGUUUUGUAUUUUCAUCGUCAUCAAAACAAAUUUCCUUAUGAGACUACCAUUUUCAACAAAUUUCCAUCAUCAUCGCUUCAAAUUAUUUUCUUCAUUUCUCACCUUCUUUCAACCCACUCCUUCUUCUUCUUCUUCUUCUUCCACGUGGGUUAAUCAAAUCCACAUGGAAUCACCCUCCACAAUCGCCGCCGCCGUCUCACCAAUAUCUCCAUCCACUCGUCGCCGAAAGCGAAAGAUUGUCGCCAUAAUGGGUCCAACCGGAGCAGGUAAAUCCCGUCUUUCAAUCGAUCUCGCAACUCGAUUUUUUGAUAACUCUGAGAUCAUCAACUCCGAUAAAAUGCAAGUGUACAGCGGACUUGAUAUCACCACCAACAAAAUCACAAUGCAAGAGCGACGCGGUGUCCCCCACCACCUUCUGGGAGCGAUUGACCCAAGGAAAUCGGUUUUCACUCCGUCGGAUUUCCGGAAUGUGGCGGCAGAAUACAUCAAUCAGAUUAGAACUCGUCGGGGGUUGCCUCUUGUCGUCGGAGGAUCAAAUUCGUUAAUAUACUCACUGGUUACAAAACGCUACGACCCAAAAUCGGACGUCUUCAACGGACCAGAGCCGCAGCCGGUGAGCUCUGAUUUCCGAUACGAAUGCUGUUUCAUCUGGGUGGAUGUUAGCUUACCGGUUUUAAAUCAGUAUUUAUCAAAAAGGGUCGAUGAGAUGCUUGAUUCCGGUAUGUUCGAGGAGCUUGCAGAGUUUUUCAGGUCCGAUGAGCACAAGAGGGUUAACAGGUGUGGUUUAGGUCAGGCAAUCGGAAUACCGGAGUUCGAGACGUAUUUCACGAAUUUUCCAGGGCUCCGGCGAACGGAGGGCUCGGUAUUCGAGGAGGAUGUGAUGGGGCAGGAGGCGUACGAUGAAGCCGUGAGAAGGAUCAAGGACAACACGUGCCAACUGGCGAAGAAGCAAGUGAGUAAGAUCCUACGGCUGAGGGACGCCGGGUGGGAAUUAAAGAGAAUAGAUGCCACAGAGGCAUUUAGGGCUGUGAUGACGGCGGACAGAGGCGGAGCAAGGGUGGCGGAAAUAUGGGAAAAACAGGUGGUGGAACCAAGCAUGAAGAUCGUGAAGCACUUCUUGGAGGAGUAGGUUUUCCAGCUAUUUCCAGCUCUCUUCACUUUUUCUCUCUAAAAAAAAAUCAAUUUUCAUUUAUUUUUAUCUUCACUGUAAAAGUUCUUUUUUUUUUUUUUUUUUUACAUAAUUUGGAGGGAGGUUCGACAUGGGUUUAGGUAGGUUAGCAGGAUGACCAAUUUUGAAGCAAUAGGACGACUUUUUGAUAAUUUAUAGCCAAUUUUUACCUUCUUAAAUUUCAAUUCUCCAAAUUUUAUUAAAAUUAUAUAUAUAUUGUAGGUCAUUUGUUUUUGUAAAAUUACGCUUUUAGCCUUGGCCCUCAACAAUUUUCAAUAUGGGUUUUGCUACAAAUAUUAGAGCUGGAUUUUCAAAUAAAAAUUGAGGUUGUUGGAAUCAGAAUAUAUAAGAGAAAAGUCAAGAGGGCACAUAAUAUUACAAAUGAAAGUUGACCUUGGUUUUUUGUUUUCUUUUUGAUACAAAAAAGGACAUCCUUGGAAGCAUUCUUUGUCCGUUAAAUUUAUACCAAUCUAAAAGAUGCAAAAGCCAAAAAUAAUGAUUUUUCCAUUCAAAACAUUCCAAAUUUUAUUUUAUUGCAAUCAUUAUUAUGAAUAUAAAAUUAUUGUAUGAUUGGUUAAAAUUGAAAAAAGACACAAUGCAAAAAUAAUUAUAUGUUACAUGAUUAACGGAAGCAUUUUGGUAUGGUGUCUUUCGUUUAAUUAUGUGUGUGAUACUUUUUCCUAGUACCAUUUGAUGCAAACUAAAAAAUGUUUGAUGAAAUAUGAUUUUUGCGCUUUUUUAUAUGUUUGAUAUCAUAUUUAGAAGGUUCUGAUUUGGUUAUGACUCUUCUGAUAUGUGUCUUACUUGGUCAGAUUUAAAACCGUGUUAUUGACUCAAUCGAAAAUUACCAAAUUGUCGCUUAAUGUCAUAUGAAUUACUUUUAUUCUAAUGAUUUUUUUUUUGUUAAAAAAAACUAAUCGUUUAACAUAAAAAAUAAAUACAUAAGUUACGUUUGCAAGUGAUCCUACCUAAAAUCCCAUGUUUUUUUUGUACCAUGACAACACAUGUCUUUUUCCCAUUAUCCUUUAUUUAUCAAUCGAUAAAACUUACAAGUGGCCCAAGUUCAAUAUUAUAAAUAUCUUUUGAAUGAAAUAUGAUCUUAAUGUCCGUAUAAUUUACAUUAAGAUAUGGAUAAUAACAAAAAUACCAAAUUAAUAACUUGACCACCAUUAGGGAAAUUAUUAAUUAUCACUUAUUUUACAACCGGUUAAUUGCAUGUAUUGAAUACCAAAAAAGUAUCGUCCUUUGGUUUUAAAUAUCUAUCGUAAGUCUCAUCGGAAUUCUCUCCAAUUAUGCAACUAAGCAUAAUCUCCAAACACUCAAAAGUUCGCAGCUUAUCACAUGCUUGACAAGUAGUUUCUUUGUUAAAUCGCUCUUAUAUCCAUAGGUUUAAUGUUUCCCACAGCUUAAUCAAUAAAUCUCGGAUUAAGAAACAAGUUCCUGUUGUUUUAUUAGAUUGGUUAAUAAACUUUAUAUAAUA